CGUCAAUUGCAUUGCACGUCAGAAGCAAAGUCUAAAUCUUGCACGCAAACGACAAUGGCUGCAGACCGCCUUCUUCGCGUCGUCGCGGCCUUGGCUUGCGCCAUGGUCAUGGCUUCUGCCUUCAAGUACGACAAUGUGACCCACACUCUUCAAGAACCUCUCAGCUUCUUGCACCCCGAUCUCCAUGGCUCACCGUUUCCGACGGGAGCGUUCUGGACCAACUUUGUGCUCGGCCAACGCAACGAAGUGGUCGUAACGUAUCCGUACACUGUGAAGCUCGUGCACGACCAACUACACAUCAGCUACCCGUUCCGAGUGGUCACGGCCAAGAGCAUCAUCCAGGGCUUCACUCCCGAGAUUGUCGUGCAACUGGGGCCGCAACCCCUUCAAAUCCGCCGCUUUGACGACUUGAGUGUCACGAUUGCCUUCCCGCAAGCCACCGGCGGUACCAUUAUCCUCCAUCUCGUGCGUGGAUCGCCGUACAUGACGCUGGAAUACCAAGACGCAACACCCGCGAUUUCUUCGGCGGCGAACAUUCUCUCCGUGGCUGCAUCAUCACCCACAUCCCCUUACUCCCAAGUGACUCUUGGCAACUGGCAUCAAUGGCUUCUCUUCACGUCCACCCCCUUCGCAUGGACGCAACACGAACACACAUGGAGCGGUCCGCGUCGAUUCAACGGCAUCGUGCGCAUUGCGUUAGCCUUGCACGAGAACGCCAAGUCCAUUUUAGCCGCGCAUGCUGCUGUGUACCCCACCGGCGCUUCCAUUUCGUACGACUUGCAAUCCGGUUCGAACGUGACAGACUUGACGUUUGCGUGGACCACUACGUCGACGAACGCAUCCGUUUCUACCUCGGCCUUGCUCAUGGUGGCCCUUCCCCAUCACACCCAAACGUUCGUCCCAGCGACGGCGACAGUUCCCGAGAUUCAAUACACGAGCAUGCGGGGGCCCGUCACAGGAGUCGUUGGGAGCACAUGGCACAUGCAAGAACCCAUCGCGGACGUGCCGUGGGACUACCCCCAGGACCAAGGGGUAUUUGCCACGCCCUACUCGCGCGCGUACAACGCCACCAUCGACUUCAUCUCGUCCGCGUUGAACAAAGAUAUUGACCGGUUCCCAGCAUUCGCAGAAGACUCGUACAAUUUCGGCAAACAAUUUGGCCGCGAAGCACGUCUCGUGCUCACUGCCCAUCGGUUCAACCACACGAAUGUGUUUGCCAAAGGGCUAGCGAAACUGCAAAGUCAGAUCUUGUCGUGGCUGCAGGGCACGAACGUUGACCAUUUCGUGUACGACACGGCGUACGGCGGGCUCAUCACAAUCCAUGGCUUUCGCUCGGACGGAGAAGACUAUGGCAACGGCAACUACAACGACCACCACUUUCAUUACGGGUACUUUCUGUACGGUCUGGCCGUGAUUCGGCGGUUCAACGCAUCGUUUGCAGACGAACACAAAGACGCCAUCGUGUACAUCUUGAGUGACAUGGGGGCCCCCCUUGGAAAUGCCUCGACGUCGUUCCUAAAGAACUUUCCGCAGCGUGAGCUAUUUCCCACCGCACGCCAUAAGGACUGGUUCGUCGGGCAUUCGUACGCGAGCGGACUGUUUCCGCAGGCAAAUGGCAAGUCUCAAGAAAGCAGCAGCGAGGCCGUCAACGCGUACUACGCACUCGCACUGUUUACGUCGUUGGAUCCCGACGAUCGUUCGUACUUUGAGUACGCGCGGCUGCUGCUGGCCAUGGAGAUUCGGUCCACGCAAUUGUACUGGCACAUCCCUGCGGCUCAGUCGCCGCCCAUCUACGAGCCCGCGUUUGCCGCCAACAAGAUGGUCGGCGUGGUGAGUGAGAUGGACGUGGUCUACUCGACCUGGUUUGGCGACAGACCCGCGUUUAUCCAUGGCAUUCAAGUAAUUCCUGUGACCCCCAUCACCGCGUCCUUGCUUCCAGUGACAUUUGUAGCCGACGAGCGAAGCGUGCUGGAUGCGCUGCCGGUACGCACCAACCCAAGUGACAUUUGGUCGUCCGUGCUAUCUCUGGACAAUGCGAUCGUCGACGCCGCCACCGAAUGGACAUCCCUUCAAACCACCGCGUACAACUACGACACGUGGAGCUCGGCCGCCAACGCCAUGCACUGGAUCGCAUCACGCCCGAACUUUGGCACGGCGGUGGUGCCUCCCCCGACCACUGCUUCCCCCGCCUCAUGCUUCGGGUACCCGGCGUGUGCCGUGGCGGGGGCGUUCGGGGGCAGUUUGGACUGCUGCCACACACUCCCUGGCUGCUGUCCAAGCGACAAUUCUUGCUGCACCAGCGACGUCGAUCCGUCGGCGGCAUCCCCUUCGUCGUGUCACGCCCAGCCUGCAUGUGGGGUCCUUGGCUUGAGCUGCUGCGAGUCACCGGACGGCUGCUGUACCCCAUCGCCCGUCACUGGUCUGGUUCUGGGCUGUUGCAAAGCACUGUCGCCGCCACACGACGCCGCCACCUCAACGACGUUGGACAACACCACCACCACCCCCGCGCAGUGCCACGGACAGCCGAAAUGCGCGGCCGCGGGGCUUGCAUGCUGCGACUCCCCCCUCGGGUGCUGCCAGCCCACCGCGUCGGGCCAAAUUCUGGGAUGUUGUGACCUUCCGUCCCCCUCUCCGGAUGCAACGAAGGCUACCUGCCACAACGAACCUCUGUGCGGUCGGUUGGGCUUGGAAUGCUGCGGCGCGCCUGACGGAUGCUGCCACGAUGCCCCAGGGCAACCUCAGCUAGAGUGCUGCUCGCCGCCAUACACGAAGAAUGAAACUCCUGGAAAGGUCGUGGUCGGUGACUCUGCGUCGACAUGCGACCUCAACCCCCGCUGCUGGACGGCCGGCCCGAAUGGAGCGGCACUGGCGUGCUGCACUGACGACACGGCGGGCUGCUGCCCUGGCCACGCUUGCUGUAAUGCGACCACUGGAUGGACAUUCGAUCGGAUCCUGCUGGUCGUGCUGGGGGUGCUGGCGGUGCUUGGGGUGGUCUACUGCAGCGUGCUGUACUUGCGCCGCAAGGAUUACCGACCGCUGGAGCGAGACAUUCGCGCGUGGUACUGCGGCGUGUUUAUGGUCGUCAUGCUCGGGGUGUUUUUCUACUUGGCGUUUACUGUGCAAAACUAGGCCCUUAACUAUUAAUGAACGCGAACCAAUGUACGUGA